UCCAAUUUGAAUUCUUUAGGACAUCAUUUUUUCGCGGUUCCGCUGGUCACCGUUUUGCUUUUCACAGACCUGUUGCUCUGCUUGCUAACUUACGCCUAUACACAGAGAGAGAGAGAGAUUUAGCGAAACUUCCAUAGCUUUAUUUGAUCUCUCACUCAUCUUCACUCACAAAUCUCCUUCCAAAACCCUAGUCUCUCUUAGUCUCUCUCUCUCUCUGAAAUUCACAGUAAAUGACAUCGCCAAUCACCUACCCCGUCGACGACAAAGACCUCGACGAUGCUGCUCUCUGGGCGGUGAUCGACUCCGCCGCCGCCGCUUCUCUCUCCUCCACCAUCUCCAAGUCUUUCAAACCCCUCCUCUACACCAAUCAUCAUCAUCAUCAUCAUCAAUCUCCGAUCCCCUCUCCAAUUUCAAAUCCGUCGCCUCCACCUACCAAAUUCCCCAAAAACCCUAGAAACCACCACUCGGAACAGAACGAUUUCAGUGCUCUAACCGACGGCGAGGUCUUGCAGGAUCCUUGGGCUCACCACCGCCCGCAGAAGAUGGCGAGGUCUUGCGUUUCGGAGCUGAGCGAAACGAGUCCUCUCACUGUGGUAAAGCAUGUGCAGCGAACGCCGAAUAUGCUGUCUUAUUCGUCGCCAGAAAGUCGGAGAUUUGUGGUGAAGGAUUGUAGUCCUACUGCUUCAGGGUGUUCGCCGUUCAAUUAUGGACAGAGUGAGGAGAAAGAAAGCUCCACGCAUAGCUUGUCUGGUCGAUUUCCAUCCGUUUCGCUUUUCAAAGAGUACCAGAAUGCAGCCAUGGCGAUUCUGGAGAAAAGUGAUUACACCAUGAUUUCUGGGAGCCCUUUUAUUAAAAAGUCAGGUUGGAGGAAGAUAUCAUUUUAUUUCAACCUCUCCUAUGAAAUUAAAGACAAGACCAUUGAAUUUGAUGAGAACCGGAAUGUUCUUCGUGCUGAAUUUGUGGUUCGGGCAUACAUGCAGGGUGGUAGGUUCUCAGAUGGGUGGGGUUCAUGUGAACGGCGUGAGAAGAGAUUUUUGAAACCUAAUCAUGAUGUUCCAAGCACAGCAGAAACUAGAGCCAAAAAUAGAGCAUGCCAGGAUCUGCUAGGAAUUGGAGAGUAUCGACCUGGUGCAAGCCAUGCUCAGCACUAAAAGAUGUAAUCAUUCAAAAAUUCUGAUAACCCAAAGGCAAGUCUGGUCCAGCAGUUUUCCCGCCUGAGACCUGAAUGAUGAAAAAUAAUCAUAUCAUAUCAUUUACUGGACCAGCUUACGAUCUCCAUCAUUGUAUUAUCACAUUAGCGUACUCUGAAUUUUCUAAUUAAAUCAAUCAAUGGCAACAAAAGGGUGAGAGCUCCAUCCUUAAAUGUUUACUGGGCCUCCCACCCCCAACAGUCAUAUCCUGUACCAUAUGGAGCCAUUAUUGCUAUUUUUUUUUUUACAAUUAGUAGAAUGAGAGUAAGAAAAUAAAAA